AUGGCGACUGGUGAUGGAAAGUUGAAGAUUGAAUUCUUGAAUCUUUUUGGACAAUGGAAACCUAUGAACCUGACUAAAGACUAUAAUCUAACAGGGAAACACAUUGAAACGAAUGUUCAAGGAAUAUCGGCCUCCUGGAAACUCAAAGCCAACCAAUUGGGGGAAUGUAUGCUUAAAGUUGAAAUCGACAGAAUGGCAGCAUUUCAACCAAGAAAUUUCACCAAUCCGACGCUUUCUUACAAAGAAAAUAGCUCCAAUGAUGAAAUUCUCUACUUAUUGAUAAUCAUUAUUGUUGAAGUUUGUGCUUUCUCUUGGCAA